UUAAUAUCCUUUUAUGAAUACUUCGUAAACUUCAGCCAAAAUUAACAUCAAGGCUGCCGUUAUUUGAACACAACAUGCGCAAGUCCACAUGAAAUUUCCACUUUUUCCCGGGAACAUCACCAUUGAGUAUACCAGAAGACCGACGAUAAAUGGUGUGAACACUUCUGCAGCAUACAUCAACUUCAGCUGAGUAUCCUUUUCUCGUACCAUUUGACGCAUGUCAAAACGACCAUCAAUACUGUUGACCCUAGAAAACCGUCUGUUUAA